UACAAGUAACAGUGGAGUGUAACCUUUCCUGAAAAAGAUUGGGAGUGGAACUCAAUAUACCGGGGGCGAUAAAUUCUUUUUUGCCUCUGCUUGUGGUUUCAGUGUCUACCACAAGGGGUCGAGAAAGAGCGCCUUUGGGUCUGUGGGCAGCGGUGACACCAGUCCUGGCUGUGUGUGUUCAGGGAGCCCACCUCACGGACUCAGCUUAGUUGGUGAGAGAUGGCGUCCCUUCUGCAGCCAGAUAGAGUGGUCUAUCUGGUUCGUGGGGAGAAGAGGAUUAGAGCCCCCUUAUCUCAAUUGUAUUUCUGUCGGUACUGUAGCGAGUUACGAUCUCUGGAAUGUGUAUCUCACGAGGUGGACUCCCAUUACUGCCCAAGCUGUCUGGAGAACAUGCCGUCAGCAGAGGCAAAGCUGAAAAAGAAUAGGUGUGCAAAUUGUUUCGACUGUCCGUGUUGCAUGCACACGCUGUCCGUUCGGGCAACCAACAUCCCAGCUCCUUUGCCCGAUGAUCCUACCAAGACAGCCAUGAAGAAAGCCUACUAUUUAGCCUGUGGCUUCUGUCGCUGGACUUCCCGGGAUGUGGGAAUGGCUGACAAAUCAGUCGCCAGCGGUGGAUGGCAGGAACCAGAGAACCCUCAUGCUCAGCGGAUCAACAAGCUGAUUGAAUAUUACCAGCAGCUGGCCCACAGAGAGAAGCAGGAGAGGGACAGGAAGAAGCUGGCCAGGAGACGACAGUGCAUGCCCCUGGCAUUCUCGCAACACACUAUCCAUGUGGUGGAAAAAUAUGGCCUUGGAACAAGACUGCAGAGGCAGAGGACCGGAGCUCCCAUAUCGAGCCUGGCUGGCCUUUCCCUUAAAGAGGGCGAGGACCAGAAGGAGAUCAACAUUGAGCCUGCUCAGGCUCUAGAUGAGGUGGAGCCCCUGCCUGAGGAUUGUUACACCAGACCCGUCAGUUUACCAGAAGUGACCACGCUGCGCCAGAGGCUCCUGCAGCCGGACUUCCAGCCUGCAGGGGCGUCUCAGCUCCACCCGAGACACAAGCACCUCCUGAUGAAGCGCUCCCUGCGCUGCAGGAAAUGUGAGCACAACCUGAGCAAGCCAGAGUUUAAUCCAACUUCAAUCAAGUUUAAAAUCCAGCUGGUGGCUGUGAGUUAUAUCCCUGAAGUGAGAAUCAUGUCCAUUCCAAACCUCCGAUACAUGAAGGAGAGUCAGGUUCUGCUGACCCUGACCAACCCAGUGGAGAACCUCACACAUGUUACACUGGCAGCUUGUGAGGAGGAAGACCCUGAUGACAUCAACAGCACUGCCAGGGUACUCGUGCCCAGUAAGGAGCUGGUUUUGGCUGGAAAGGAUGCUGCUGCAGAGUACGAUGAACUGGCUGAACCUCAGGACUUCCAGGACGACCCAGACAUUGUUGCCUUCAGGAAAUCCAACAAGAUCGGCUUCUUCAUCAAAGUGAUCCCUCAGAAAGAAGAGGACGCGGAUGUCACCGUCUCGUUCAGGAUCAGACACGACUUCCGCAACCUCGCAGCUCCCAUCCGGCAGAGCGAGGAGGCGCCCGAGGCCGCCACCGAGGCCAUUUGGCUCACGCACCACGUAGAGCUGAGGCUGGGACCCCUCGUCCCCUGAAAGCAAACACUAGUGGUGCGCUCUCUGAACUAGUUUCUUUAAAAACAAAUGGGCUUGAUUUCAUGUAAAAUUGAUCUUUGAUUCAGCUCACUGAUCCCCCAGAAGGUGGAAAACAAAUGCAGUGUUCGCUUGCUCUCUUUCUUUCGCUUCUCAGUUAGAAAAACUGAUUAAAACCACGGCUUUCUGCAGAUGUAUAAGUAACUAAUAUUCAACAAGACAAUAUACAACAUUUCAGUUACCUAAUCAUUAUUCCAUCAACACAGUUAUUGUUUGUACUGACAAAAAAUGCAUCUGUACAUAUAUCUCUGUACACACACACACACACAUACGUGUAGUUACUUAUUGACGCUGUGAGGAAUAGUUUAAAAAAAAAAACUUAUUUGCUGUUGCUGAUCUGUUGUCUGUGGUUCACAGUUUCCAGUAUUGGUGCAUUUUCAGCCUCAGUCAGUGAACGUGACGCAGUGCCUUUUGUGCUCUGCUGGCGUGGAGCGUGUAAACGGCAGCUUGCGCUGAAAUGGGAGUGGGAGGUUAUUGAUUUAAUGGGACAGCGGUCUGACUGCAGAUGGCAUCGGGGAGCUGAAUCAGAAAUCGCAACAGAGAACAACCCGUAAAUUCCUUUUAGUUGCAGUACGCGCGUUCAGUGACCCUUAUCAACAUGCUUUUCUGCAGGCGACCGUAUUAACUUGCAUGCUUACACAGUAGGAACUGCUCCUCUCUUUGGAGCGCUUCAUCAUAUCCAAUGUUCUUCUUUUAAGACACUAUAAAGAAUUUUUUUUUUGCUUUGUUUCUCAGUUAAAGACACUUACUCUAUGUAACACAGCCCCCCUGUGCUGAGGGAAAGAUGUAUUCAACUGGUUCUUAUGUUCUAUCCCCAUAUGAUUAAAUGUGCUUUCAUAAUUUAUCUUAAAAUUUCAUUGUGUCCACAGAUUAUCACUUGAAGUUGACGGUUCAUAAUAAAUCUGAUUUUCACCUUUUUUUAUUUUAUUUUAGCUGAAAAACUGUAAUAGAUAGUUAAACUGUACACACACACCACUUAACCCCUACACACAGCUUUUUCUGCACAUGGACAUAGAGACUAUAUCGGUUAAUAAACCAGAAGAACAGUGUUCACAGCCUCUUUGGCAGAUCCUGCAUUCUAGUCUGUUUUAGGAACUGUGACGAACGUGUAUGAAAAGUUCUGUAUAUCACAUGUUGUGUAAAAAAAACAAACGUGUUUCUGCUGAGACACUGUGGUUUGACUCUAAAACGUAUUGGUCUGUGGACAUCAUUGACCAAGCUGUCCGUGUAUAUUGUAAGCUGUCACUUCCAUCCCUUUUUCAAUGUGUGAACAUGCAGAAAAGCAGCUGUACAUCAACAACUGGUUCUCUCUAUACUGACUAAUAAAAUAUUCCACUACUGUAAAAGACCCCUGGAUCCUUUCGUGUUGCGAGCAGAUCAAACUUUUAUAUAUACGCCUCCAGAUGGAGUCCACAGUCUUCCCCCCACGUGUGUCUAUGUGUCUGUGGCUUUGUAUGAUCGUGGACGGGUUGUACUGAUAUUGAGGAUUUCAUUGUACCGGGCGCCGGAAAAUGAUUAAUAAAGU